AUGGCCGCCACUGCGCGUCAAGUCGACGAGACGUUUUCGUCUUCCAACUUGGAGAAGGACAAGUUUACCAAGAUUGACCACUCCGGUAUUCCCUUAGAGAAAGAAGAAUGGCCGGUCAUAAUCAUUGGCUCGAGUAUGGUUGGCAAGACUCUGGGCCUUUUGCUUGGAUAUCAUGGUAUCAAGUCGAUGUCAUUUGAUCGCCAUGCCGCUGCAGGUACUCAUCCUCGAGCUGCUGGAUUGAACUUUCGCACAAGCGAGAUUCUCCGUCAACUGGGCCUUGAAGAGUUUACUCUGCAACAGAGUGGAAAGGAGUUUGACCUCAACGCUGGCAUGCUUCUAGUGGAGAAGCUAGUCGGAGGAAAGGUUCUCAAACAUCUCCAAGAGCACGACCCCGAGAAGGUGAAGAACAUUACUCCAUCAAGCUGGGUCUGGAUCUCACAAAGGAUGUUUGAACCCAUUCUUGGCGCCAAUGCGGACAAGUACGACAGUGUCCAACUACACGGACAUGAAGUGCUUCUCUAUGAGGAGCAAGAAGAUGGGGUCAUUGUCGUCGUCAAGGAACUCAGCUCUGGUAAGAUCAAGAAGUUUAAGGCAACUUACGUCGUUGCCUGCGAUGGAAACCGAAGUCCAACCCGACAAAAGGAGGGCAUCUCCUGGGAGGGACCUGGUGUUCUGCGAAACAGCCUGAGCGUGAGCUUCAAGUCCGAUCUGAGUCCCUUUAUCGGCAAGAGGAUGGUUCACGGUGUCAUCUACGUUGCCAAUGAGAAGAUCGGCGGAGGUUUCCGCUUGGAGAAUGAAGGCAAGCAGGGUCUACUCAUGGUCAACAACGUCGGUACGAAGGGCGAUUUCCCACCAGGAUCUGUCUCUGUGGAAGAAGCAAGGCAAUACUUUUACGACUGCUCGGGUCUCACUCCGGAUCAAAUUACUCCCGAGCUCCAAACCAUGAACUACUGGACUAUGGCUGCGUAUACCGCCGGGCGGUUUAACAGCAAGGGUGGUCGAGUCUUUCUUGCUGGCGAUGCUGCUCACAUUAUGCCGCCAACGGGAGGCCUGGGCGGCAACACCGGAAUUGCGGAUGCGCACAAUCUUGCCUGGAAGCUCGCCUAUGUCCUGACCGGAAAAGCCUCGCACUCUCUGCUCUACUCAUACAACUCUGAGAGGCAGCCCAUAGACGAGUUUACUGUUCUUCAGGCAUACAGCCGGUUCCAGAACCGAGUUGUCGUGCAACAUCCGGCUGCCCCCGAAGCCCCAGAUGUUGCUAUUGAGCUUGGCUAUAGAUAUCCCAAAGGUGCCUUUGUUCCAGAGGAGGGCCAUCAAGUCCCAAAGGAGCUGUACGACGAUCCCUAUCAGCCAACUGCUGUCCCAGGAUCCAGGUUUCCACACGUUUUUCUCCGGGACACUUCCAAUCCUGGGAACACAAUCUCGACUAUCGACCUCGUCAAGAGGAACUUUUUGCUCGUCACCAUCGACCCUGAUUCUCUUUGGAUUCAAGCCGCCAGUGAAAGCCCCAUUACGCUCGAUGUCCACACUCUGAACGCUACCUCCGCUCCGUACAGAGACUUGGAAGGGGCUGUGGAGGAGAAGUGCCGCUUGAAGGUUGGUGAGGCAAUCCUUGUGCGACCUGAUGGCUUCAUUGCUUGGAGAGGGGCGAGGUCUAGCAGGGGCCAUGUAGAGCAGCUGAAAGCGGCCAUUGAAGCCAUCUUGAGAAGCUAG